CACCAGCUUUACGUCAGCGCUGCGCUUGUCUGUGGAGGUUCUGCAGCGGGCAGCGAGCCGCACUGCACACCGACUGAACCGGCAGGGGCGAGGCGGCAUCCAUCAUCGCUAUGGGAAUUAAGCGCAGCGUCCUGAGUGAAUCGAGCCCUCAGCCCGCUCCACCCGGAGACACAGAGUAUAAAACAGAGCAGCCCAGAGCCCCGACCAGCUCCCCCUCCUCCGGUGUGCUGAGGAGGACCGCGGUGAUGAUGAUCAGUAACAUCUAGAGAUGAGACGUGUUACUCAAGCAGACAACUUGGACAAGGACGUUUGCUCGACCCGCAUCCGUGCUCUCUGAUUCAGGAUGAUGUCUGUCAUCCAUGUGUCCGCCGUGCUCCUGUGCACGGUGGUGGCUGACAUCUCAGCCCGAGCUUUGACCACAUCCACUGCAGACGACCAGCCCCUCCUCUCUCCACGCCACUAUCAGCACACAGACCGGGACUCUGGCACCCAGCUGGUCUGUGACAAGUGCCCAGCAGGCACCUACGUCUCCGUCCACUGCUCUCCGACAACAGUGAGGGAGUGCAGCCCCUGCCCCAGGGGCACCUUCACACGGGGCGAGAACGGCGUCCAGCAAUGCCACCGCUGUCGGGCUCCGUGCCUCGCAGGCUUCAUCGAGAAGGUGCCGUGCACGGCCACCCAGGACCGAGUCUGCACCUGUCCGCCCAACACAUUCCUGUCCAAGGGCGGCGGUCUGGACUGCAAGCCCUAUUCCCUGUGCCCGCCGGGGUCCCGGGUGAAAAGGCGCGGCACCGAAAAGGAAGACGUUCUCUGCAAGCCGUGCACGAAGGGCACGUUUUCUCAGGUGGAGUCCAGCGCCAUGAGUUGCAGAAAUCACACGGACUGCAAAGCUCUGGCAAGGCUGCUGUUGACACCGGGGACAAGACAGACGGAUAACGUGUGUGGACCCCCUUCUGCCACGUUGUCUUCUGUCCCCCCGACCACUCCACUGGGGCCUCUACAGGCUGUGUUUGUUCAGGAGACGAUGAUGUCCUCUGUCUCCCCAUCGUUGAAUGGACAUGCACGUAAAGAUCCCUUGAGCCAGUCAGCAGCCAUUCAACUGAGGAAAGCUGUAGGCGGGGAAGACGGAGGAGCGGAGUUAAUGCUUACCCAUUCUGGCGUCCCCACUCCACCAAAUCAGGAAGCGUCAUGGACUCCCUUGUCGGUGGCUCAAAAGCAAGCCAAGGAUCUCAAGAAAGAUUUGGGCGAGUCUGAUGCUGAUCCUGAGCCUGGGGCAAAUAAACCAAGAAUGGAGGGUGCAGUAGGCCCAGAAGUAGUUAGGGUUGGAACAGGCAUCAGUAACGUGGUUAACUUGGGGAAUGCGGGUGAAGCCUCCAAUUACUACAGACCGAACCGCAAGGGGUCAACAAGGCCGACCAUGCACGAUCAUUUUGACAUCAACGAGCACCUGCCGUGGAUGAUAGUUCUGCUGCUCCUGCUGGUGCUGGUCGUGAUUGUGGUGUGUAGCGUCAAGAGGAGCUCUCGGGUGCUGAAGAAGGGCCCAGUGCAGGACCCAAGCAGCAUCAUGGAGAAGGCAAUUCACAAGAAGACAUCUGGGACUCCAACACAGGCCAGAGAGAAGUGGAUCUACUACUACUCCAAUGGCCAGGGGGUGGACAUCCUGAAGCUGGUGGCGGCCCAGGUGGGCAACCAGUGGGUGGACAUCUAUCAGUCCCUGGCCAAUGCCACCGAACGUGAGGUGGCCGCCUUCUCAAACGGCUACUCCUCUGAUCACGAGCGAGCGUACGCCGCGCUGCAGCACUGGACCAUCCGAGACAGCGGGGCCAACCUGGCCAAGCUGAUCAACGCCCUGCACCGGCUGCGUCGCAUCGACGUGGUGGAGAAGAUCCGCUGCGUCAUGGAGGACAACCCGCAGUUGGACAUCAACCAGCUGACGACCACAGUGAAUGUAAGCCAAAGUCUCAGCCCAAUCCACAAGCUGCUGGAGUCGCCCAGCAGCAGCGGCAGCAGCAGCAGCAGCAGCAGCAUGUACCGAGCCGGCGGCGUCGGGCCCAUCCAGUCGCCCAUGGACCGAACCAAAGGUUUCUUCGCCGACGAGUCAGAACCGCUCCUUCGCUGCGACUCCACGUCCAGCAAAGACUCCGCCCUCAGCAGGAACGGCUCCUUCAUUACCAAAGAGAAAAAAGACACGGUUCUCCGGCAGGUUCGCCUGGACCCGUGCGACCUUCAGCCCGUCUUCGACGACAUGCUGCACAUCCUGAACCCCGAGGAGCUGCACGUCCUCGAGGAGAUCCCCACCGCCGAGGACAAGCUGGACCGGCUGUUUGAGAUCGCCGGAGUGAAGAGCCAGGAGGCCAGCCAGACGCUGCUGGACUCCGUUUACAGCCACCUGCCUGACCUGUUAUAGUGGCCGGGUGGAGGAAGAGGGAAUAACUAAUAAAAAUAAAAAAAGCACACAGAUGUUCAAAGGCAAAGGGAUGGGGUAUAGUUGAGAUUUAGCUCGAGUUGAUUUUUUCAAACUGGUGGAGUUGGACUCAUGAGGCCACUAGUGUAAAACGGCUUCAGCAGGUUAUUUACCUUUGGUCUGCUCCUUCUGAUGAGUCUGGUCAAUCCUGACCACUCCUUCAUUCCUUCUGUAUAAAACCCCCCCUCUGCUGUGUCACAUGACCACCGGUGAAGCUAACCGUGAGGCUCAAAGGCCUUCUGGGUUUUAAAGAGUUGAGUCCAAACGGCGUGAAUUAUGUACAGACUCCACUCAACUAGCACUUUAUUUAUCUGAAACGGCCAACGCCUUCUUGUUUAAAGGACAAUACCGGUGUUUUUUCUUGUUUGUGCCAAUCAUUUAGGCUCUUCUUGCCUUUACUAAUAUUUCAGUGUAAAAGUCAUAUUUAUUAUUAACACAACAGGCAAUGGUACAUAAGCUAUAACUCUAAACAACACUGGUAUUAUUCUUUGAUUUAAGGUUCUUGUGGAUCAAACGGAUUGGGCUGAUUUCUGAGUCAUGUGCCUAAACGUGUUCCCUUCCACAGCCCCUGGUUUUAUUUCCCUCAUGCUGCCUGAUCCUGAGGGUGGGGGAUGGGUGUUUUUUGGUAGCUUGUGACCACCAGCAGGCAGUAGCAUCAUUUCAACAGUCUGACACCAAAUUCAUCAAUUAAAAUGAGUGAAGACUGAAGGAAUGCAGUGCCUCAUACAGCACCUCGAGCUUUUCUGCAUUCGGUCAUGUUACAACCACAAACCCUAUGUUCUUUCUAUGGGACUUUAUAUUAAAGGCCAAACUCAAAGUAGGGUAUUGCUGUGAGGUGAAUGGAAAAGAUACAAAUCAAAAAUUGAAAAGCGUGGUGUGCUGUUCUGUUGAAUUUUCUGACCCAGCCAUGUGUGGGCAUCUCUUAAGAUCCCGUCUUAAGAGAUGGGAUCAUUUGGACCACACGUGUGCUUUACAAGGUUUUCUUUGUGUGGUUUCUGGAAUUGACGGUCUGACGGCACAACACCCCACCUCCCUACGCUUCGCUGCUGUCUGACCGUCGUAUUUGCUACGUUCCUCCUCGGCGUCACACUAAGACCGUCAGAGGGUUAAAGCUAGUCAGUUGCUUAAAGUUGCUUCAAGAGUGUCUUCACACUUGCAUCCAAAACGCUGUGACCCUGUAAAUCUGAGGUCUUCAUCAAAAAUACCCGUAAUACCAAAACUAAUGAUGAGAAAAGAUACACUGUACUCUAGUUCAGUUGUCUAGAAAGUCCGGCUCAUUUGGGGAGGCGUGAAUGUGUAGGCAAAGUGAUGAGGACCAAAAAAUAAACUCUGGUCCACAUAAAAUCUUGGGCCUGUGUUCGGUUAAAGUAAACUCUGGUGUGGUUUGAAUGCACAUGUGAACACCAAGCGGACCAGAGGUCGCUCCAAAAGCAGGAACUUUGGUUCCCAAUCAAACUCGGUCUACUGGACUAUCAGGUGUGAAAACACCGUUAAAAAGUUGUUGCACACUGCCCGCCCCCCGAAGGACAAAUGUUUGAGGAUGUUGAAAGACAUGAAUAGCCUAGUCAAAGUCCAGACCUUCGUCCAGUUGAACAUCUCUAGCGCCACUUCAAAUUAGAUUUUUAGACACACUCUCCUUCCAACAGGCAGAACCUUUUUGGUUUUUAGAUGUGAAACAUAAAGUAACCCCAAAAGCAAUGAAAGGCCAUAAAGUCCCAGUAAAAUGCAUCGCAGGUUCUGGUUGUAAGGUGACAAAACGCUAAAAAGCUCAGAGGAUAUCAAUACUUAGACAUUAUUUUAGUUCACCUGCCAGUGGGAGAAAUGCCUUUGUUUCCCCCCGUUUUGUUUUAAACUACACUGGGAGAGAAAAUUUCUUAACUGCCCGUUUGGUGAACCCUGACCCCACAUGUGAGCCCAGUGUAGCGCUGAGAAAGCAUUCCUGAUACAUUUCACAGCUUCCUGGCGCCAUCAAGGGAAAUAACUCAGUCCAAUUUUCUAGAUGUUUUAUGUUAUUGAUAUUCAAAUGUAAUACUCAUGCACUAAUGGUAAUUUCUGUACGUGCUUUUUUUUGUUUUGUUUUGUUUUCCAUACACACUUUGAUUUACUAUUAUUAGUUAUUGUAGCAUGUGGGUUUCUCUGUCCUGGGCAUUCGUAUGUUUUUGAACCCUUCCUUCCCUGGCUGGGUUGUAACACAUGCAUACUCUGCACUUAACUUGAAGUCUGUUACUUGAGCUCACCAAUGAACAUAGUGGAGUCUACCGAUUUCUUUCACCUUAAACAGUUUGCAAAAGCAUCUUGUACCUCAUAAACCCCUCUGUCUUCAACGCAUCACGGAACCAGAGCAUCCGGGUUCUGCCCGAACCUCUGUGGUGUGGACUCUCUCGCCUCUUGGACUGGCAGUAGAGAACUCGGACAUGAUGGAAGGAGAACAGCUGCUUCAGGUGCUGCAGCUCGGAUGGAUGUGACUGACGGCGCCGCUGCUGCGGACUGCAGACUGGAUGACGGCGGUGAGGAAGUGUGAAGUGGCUCUCCGCUGCGCUGCGGGGGCCACAGCGGUGGGACGGACUUUUGGGGGGGUUUUUUUGAAACAAUGACGGGUAGAAGCGGAGUGGACACGUCUGAGGAGAUGAUUUCAUCAAAUUCACAACUCAAAUGUAACCAGUAUGUUUACUCUUCAGAUUAACUAAAUAAAGCAGUUUUUGGGGGUUUUUUCA